AAACGAUCCCACAAUGUGAUUAUUGACUUUCAUGUUUUAUGAAACAGACAGUAGUGAACGCGAAAGGCUCGAGAAUGGGCUUUUUUGACCGUCUCGCAAAUCUUUUAGGACUGAGGAAAAAGGAAGUAAACGUUUUGGUAGUUGGCCUGAAUAAUAGUGGUAAGUCGACGGUCAUAAAUCAUUUCAAACGCGAGGAAGACCGUUGCAUAGACAUAGUACCCACUGUCGGAUUUAAUGUCGAAAAAUUCGCAUUUAAAAAUGUUAGCUUCACAGCAUUCGACAUGUCUGGCCAUGAUCGAUACAGAUCGUUAUGGGAGCAUUAUUAUAAAGAUUGCCAUGGCAUAAUUUUUUUAAUAGAUAGCACUGAUAAAUUAAGGCUGGUUGUUGUCAAAGAAGAAUUAGACAUGUUGCUCCAACAUCCUGAUGUUGAAGCACGAAAAAUACCAAUUCUAUUUUUGGCAAAUAAAAUGGACUUGCCUGAUUCCCUUACAACAGUGAAACUCGUAUCAGGACUUGGAUUAGAAAAAAUUCAUAAUAAACCUUGGCACAUACGAGCUACGAAUGCAGUAACUGGGGAAGGAUUACAGCCGGCGAUUGAAUGGCUCACUGAUCAAAUAAGAGAUAUUUAUAUUAAUAAGAGGUAGUCUUCCUAAAAUUAAAGAUAGUAGUAAAGCAGCAGGGCAUCUGGGACAUGGUUCAGUUCCAGGCUAAGCAUCGGUAAAAGAGUGCCAUACCUUACCAGCAAUUCAUUUUUCGAUCGUCGGUAAUUAACCGGCCACUGUUUUACCGACAUUUAGCCCGUAACAAAAUUUUCUGCUGUACUACUAAAGAAGAUUCACAGAAAAAUGAAUCUAACUUUUAAAUUAGUUGUAACAAAAAUCCGUCCAAUGAGCACAAUCAUUCUGAGCUUAUAGCUUUAUUUUGGAUACUACGUGAAUAAAAAUCCGCCCGUUUACACUCGAAUUAAUAAAGUAAUGUAAAUAUAGUCCGCUGAACAUGGUACUUAGAAUGAUAAUAUAGUCAAAUAGUGUACAAUAUAUUUUUAAAAGUUUAACACUUGUUUUAUUUCAGAGUUUUAGUUUUAUUUAUUUUAUUAUUUGUUAGCUAUAGUUGAUAUUAUACAAAUAUUGAUUUGAAAAUAAAUUUGUAGACGACUCUUAUCAAUUAUUGAUGAAUA